UAUUAGGUUACAUAAUAGCCCCACCGCCGUUCAUUUUCCGAAAUAACAUCAGCACGUGCGUAAUGGCGUGCUCCCGACGCCCGCAUGUGCGCUGGACGGCUCUUCCUUGCUCUCGCACGCUGCUCGUAUUCAUCAUCCCUUCAGUUCUCCCCACCUCGUCGACGGUUUCAAAUCCCCGCUCCUUCAAGUUAUUUGCCCGCCAGUCAUCACGAGGAGAAUAAACCUAGCUCUAGGGUUUAGUUCAGUUGACCCCCAAAUAGCUUUGGAUUUGACUGGAUUCGGAUUCUAGUAUCUGCACUUUUCUGUAUUAAGCUUUCCAGACGCGCGCGCACACACUCACAGUUCUUAUGGAGGCUAUCCGGAAGCAGGCAAGCAAGCUGAGGGAGCAAGUGGCGAAGCAGCAGCAGGCAGUCCUUAAACAAUUUAGUGGGCGUUUUGGGCAUGAUUCAGCCCUCCAUGAUGAAGCUGAACUUAAAUGCCUCCAGAAUCUUCUAGUGCUAUAUAGUUCGACUAAAGCAGCAAAGCAUUUGCAACGAGAUAUUGCACGAGGAGUUGAAGCUCUAAUUUCUGUUAGUUACAAGCAAAUCGAAAUUUUAAGAAAGCUAGCUCAAGAUUGUUGCAAAUAUGGAGAUGAAUAUCAUCAAGCUUCUGGGUAUGCUCUUGCCAGGGCUUGUAGUGAUUUUGGCAAUUCUCACAAUUUAAUGGAGUCAGAGCGGGAGAAUCUGCUGGGGGUUCUUGGUGAACAGGUUUAUGAACCUUUACGUGCAAUGGUUAUGGGUGCUCCAUUAGAGGAUGCUCGUCACUUAACUUAUCGUUACAAGAAGAUCAGUCAGGAUGUUGAGGGUCAGACUGCUGAAGUUCUAAAGCGGCAACUGAGGUCAAAGGAAGUUGCUUCUAGCGCAGAAAGUGCUGCUAAGCUUCGGAAUGCAGAAAUGAAGUUAUCUGAGCUUAGAAGAGCUUUGUCAGCACUGGGAAGAGAAGCAACAGAUGCUAUGCAAUCAGUUGAAGCUCAGCAACAAGAAGUGACUUUUCAGCGGCUUCUUGCAAUGGUUGAUGCUGAGAGACUGUUCCAUCAAAAGGCUGCCGUAGUUCUGGACAAGCUUUAUAAUGAGAUGGUUCAAUUAAAGCAUCAGGACGGAUCUAGUUCAAAGUUUUCUAGUCCGACUAAACAACAUUCUUCAUCUGCCAAAAUUGAUGCCACAGCUCCAAAUGAAAAUACUGACGUUUGUAACGACCAAUCUAGUAGCUCAUUUGCAGAUGCCGAGAAUGGAGCUGAUAAUAUCAAGCCCCAUCAUUCUCCAAAAUCCCCAGAAAACAAAACUUAUGAGAAUCUGAAUGACAAGGUAGAUUUUCCCAGGGAGAUUUCUGCUAAUGGUCAAAGCGACACAAAUUUUGUGGCAGAAGUUAUUCAUUCCUUUGAUGCACAGACUGAUGGCGAGCUCAGCAUCUCAGUUGGUGAUUACAUUGUCGUACGUCAGGUAGCUCAAAGUGGAUGGUCUGAGGGUGAAUGCAAGGGGAAAGCGGGUUGGUUCCCAUCAGCUUAUGUCGAGAAACGGGAGAAAGCUCCAGCAAGCAAGGUAAUUGCUCUGUUGUCAUGUUAGUAGUCCUGACAUCAAGUUCAUGAAAUCGAGCCUUGUACAAAUGCCUCUUGGCUUUUUUCCUUUAAUUCAUACAUCCAAGCUUUUUCAGUGUUUGCUCCUUCAUAUCUUUUUUUUUGGAAGCUCUGGUGUCUAUUACGGUUGUCAGGUGCAGUAGCUGCUUUUGUAAAUAAUAUCUAUGGUUGGAAUUAUAUUAAUCUGUCAUUUUUUCUUCUUCUCUGAAUUAGUCUUGUCUUAUUAUUAACUCUAUAUGUGGUAUUGUAUUUGUAUUAAAUAGGAACAUUGA